AUGGAGAAGUCCAGUGAAAUAGAAAUAGAUAAAUUUUAUGUAGAUUUAGGUAGAGCCAAAGAAAAGUCAACGGAAAAUAUAAUUAUAAUAGGAGAUUUCAAUGCGAAGAUCGGUAUUUCACCCGUACAAAUAGGUUCAGUUAUAGGAAGAUACGGAUCAGGCGCCUCUAAUGAACGUGGUGAAAAACUAAAACAAUUCGCUAUAGACCAAGAGUUGACAAUACUAAAUACAAUGUACAAAAAGAAAGAAAACCAUAGAUGGACCUGGCUUUCGCCAGAUGGAUACACUAAGAAUGAAAUUGACUACAUCCUGUCAAACAAAAAACACUACUUCACAAAUAUAGAGGUGCUAAGGAAACUAGCGUUCCCUUCUGACCAUAGAUUACUAAGAGGAACAAUAAUAAUAAAUGAAAGACGAAAAAACAGAAAGAAAUAUACACAACCAAGACCAAUUUUACAGUCAAUAAGAGAGCAAAAAAGAUAUAAGAAUAUUUUGCAAGAGAAACUUUACAAACAUGAAUCAACCGACAAAGAAAAAUUAACAAUACAACAACUCUAUGAUAUCUUAGAAAAAUCAUUAACAGAAAGCAUAAUUGAAUCACAAGUAUCAAAACCGAAAGAAACCUUUACAUUAUCUGAUAACAUCAAGUCACUCAUAUCGAGAAGGCACACUCUACAACAAAAAUCAGAUAGAACAAUAGAAGAAAAAAUAGACUUAAAAGAAUUAUAUAGAAUAAUACCAAGAAUAAUACAGGAUGACUAUGACAAUUACAAGUUAAAACGAUAUGAGAAAUGUAUAGAGCAUUAG